AUGGCGGACGAGUGUGUAUGGCUUGAGGCUGUUAAGGGCAACUUCCCUAUCCACAAGGCUGUGGUUGAUGGGCAAGGCGCUCGUGCUCUGGCCGAGGGUGAAUACCACUCCGCCACCAACAUCAACAGCGUUGUGCCUGGCUUUGUCCCCAAAGCCGUCGGAUGGGGUGAGUACGAAAACGAAGGGACAACGACCUGCUUCUUUCUGGGCAUGUUUCAUAAUAUGGACUUUUCCACUCCUCCAGAGCCAGAAAAGAUCAUGUCUAUCGUAUCAAAACUCCACGGGCAGGGGACCUCACCAAAUGGGAUGUUCGGAUAUCCCGUGCCGGUUGUCUGUGGCCGCAUGGAGAGAACCGUGACGUGGACGAAGAGUUGGGCCGAGUCUUUCACCUACCAGCUGGAGGAUGUCAUCAAGUAUGACAAUGAAACGAAUGGCUCUUGGCCAAAGUACGAUGCUGUCUGCAAGCAGCUGAUUGACGCCGUCAUCCCACGCCUUCUUGGGGCUUUGCAGUCUGAGGGCAGGGACAUAAAGCCGACGCUUAUACAUGGCGACCUAUGGGAAAGGAAUGUGGGGAUGGAUAUGGAGACAGGAGAUAUUGUCGUCUUUGACCCAGGUUGCACGUAUGCGCAUAAUGAGAUGGAAUUUGGCACCGUGAGCCUUGAAUCCUGGCUGUUCAUACGGCCUGAUCCCAGUUGA